UUUUCGACCAGUUCUACUCUACAAUUCUAUGACCUUCACUUCCUCUCCUCCACUGCAAAUUACACCUGCCCUCUCUUUCACCUCCUCAGUCUCACAGCUCUUCUUGCUAUCAAAUUCAGGCCCCCUUAAGUCUGUAAUAAGACGUCGUUCCCUCCAUUUCCGCCGUCGAAAUCCGCGUAUGCCUGUUCUUUCACCUCGCGGUCGACUAAAUCACGUGCCCCUAUGGCGGCGCCUGUAUAUAAAUCCGCCACCUUUAAACAAAUGAAGUUUUCUUCUUCUCAACCUAAACGACCACAAAGCUAAAGCUCUCCUUCGGCCCGUCAUGGCGUCGUCAUCGUAUGGCCUCCGGAGUCAGAGUGGCGGCCGGCGGAAGUCCUACGAGGACUACGCAGGCUUCCAGGGUAUAGACCUUGCGAAUGACCAAGACUCCUCGUAUGACAGUCACGAAUCGACGCGUGGGGGUACCCCACGCUCCACCGCCUCGGUGUGUUCUUUACCGCUCGGGUCUCGAGCUGAUGUUAACAUUCACAACGAUGGUGAAGAUGGCGAUGGAGGGUACUCUCUAUCCUUAUCACCACUCAAGCAACCCUGGGAUUUUACGCUUCCGGUGAUCCAAUACCGAGCUUUCCGCAACCAUCCCAUCCAUUUAUACCACUUCAACACUGUGCUGCUCUCCUUCCGCGAUCUCAAAAACAGCUUCACAAGUCACGAGCUCGGCUGGCAACAUUCACUGACAGGCCUCGAUCCCGGCCGCGACUGGCGCAUACCAGAUGGCGAUGAAAUCCCCUUCGGAUGCAUUGAAGUCGGAUAUCUGUCGAACGUCUUUAGAGCUACAGAAAAAGCGCCGAAGUCAAAGGCGGCCCGGCUUCGCGGGUGUGCGAUCGGCUUCCGUCUCCAAGAGGCGAGGGGUGAAGGAUGUGUAAUUGGAUGUCCGAUCGCGGGUAUUGAGUGGUUUUGUUUCCGGAGACCAAUGAAAGAGAUGUUAGAGCAGAUGACCGGUAUGGGUGGUAGGAAGGUCUUCAACCUUGUGGCACAUAUCGAGAAAGGCUCUAUGGAUUGGAGCAAUGAGCAUCGGGAGUGGUAUGAGUCUAUGGUGGGUGGAGUCUACAAGCCGAUGAAGUUGAGGUUGAAGUGUGGGCGGUGUGCCAGAAAUGAGUUGCAGGCUGCCAAUGCCGUGAAGAUCGAAGGAGAUGAGAAUGGAGGUCAGGAAACGCGACAGGGAGAUACAAAGCUUAAAUUGAGAAUACGCCUCGGGAGGAGUAGCAGGGACCAUUCGAUCUCUGUUGCGACUGGAGAGACCGAGGACCAGUAUGACGAAGGCGAGGGAGGAAAUGAGCUCGAAGAGGACUAUGCCAGCAAAGCCCAGGAGCAUGGAGAAGAAAAUGAGCUCGACGAAGCGGAAGAAGAUUCUGAAGAGGACGAACAGGACCAAGAGCCUGAUGAGAGUAAAGAGGGACAAGAAGAAGCAGACGACCAGAUUCCCACCGCCGCCAACACCAACCACAGACUCAUGACUCCCGCUUCACUAGACGGUCGCGUGAGCACUUCAACAGCCUGUCGCAUGAAUAGGAUAACCGAAAGAUGGUAUUAGGGAAGAGCCCCGUCCUGUCUAGUUUCGUUGAAGAUGUGGUCCUCCGGCGGCUUCAAGUAUGGUAGCUGAACUGCAAAGGCUACAUCCUAAAAUGUAUUUCAGGAAUACUAAAAAGAG